ACAUACCACAAGUCAACAAAAUCAUCAGAAUUCCCAGCAUAAAAUAAGGGAAGGGAUCGAUUAUACAUGGUUUUCCGCUCGUCCUUCAAAUUCAAGCCGUUUACUUCCGCCUUUAACCGCUGGCGAACCUCUGCACAUCCUCUCCUCCUCUGGUCCCAACGCGUACUCUUCUGGCUUCCCAUAGGCGUCGCGUUUACGAAAUAUGGCUACACACUGAAAUCUAUCUCAGGUCGGAGUAUGCAGCCAACGUUGAAUCCGGAUGUAUCGCUAGGUGACGACGUAGUCGUGUUCGAGAGGUACUCGGGCAAUAGUUUGAAUACGCUCAAGAGAGGUGAUAUUGUUGCUGUGAAAUCACCACACGAACUGGGUAGACUGCUCGUCAAACGAAUUGUCGGACUACCCGGAGACACCGUCCGAACUUUACCUCCGUACCCAGAUAAAGAAGUCCACCUCACGAAAGGUCAAAUCUGGAUCGAAGGCGACGAAUCCUUCCACUCACAAGACUCGAACCACUUCGGACCCAUCUCGCUCUCCCUCGUCGACUCAAAACUCACAUUCAUAAUCUACCCUUUCGAACGAUUCGGCCCCAUCAUCCCACCAGCCGCUAAAAUCGCCGCGACUUCCUCGAAGGGAAGACCUUCACAGCGCGAUUUGGACGCAUAUGUGAGGGAGAAGAGGAGGAUGGAGAGAGUUACUAUUGGCGGUGAAGGCGUUGAGAACAGGAAUGAUGGAAAGAAAGAGGGCGAACUGGAUGGAUUAGGUGGUAAGGACACGUUGAAGGGGUUUGAGGAGGGCUUAGAGGCGGUGAAGAGAUCGUCUUCCUGAGCUGUAUCCCCCUCCCAAAUAUAUUUAUAUUCACC